UGGAGACGGGCCGCAGGAUUCCUCCCCUCCCCACGCCCCAGCCGCGCUCAGCGGAGCCGGGUGUAUCUGGCCAGGCAGCUCAGUAGUGGAGUCAGCUGCCCUCAACGUAUUGUCACUGAGCCUGUGGGAGGUUUGCUCCUGGUGCGAGAAUCCCAGCUGGUACUAAAGGAAGAGCCAAGUUUCUAGCUGGGUGAGAAGAGCUGGAAAGCACAACCCCUGACAGCUCCAGCCCGGGAGGCCAGCAAAGAGCCAGUAGUUACUGUGGUUAUAAUGGAAAUUUACCAUUUUAAAGCUAGUCUCACCAUUUUAGGGGGCCUGAGUCAUGCUUUUUGAAUGCUUGGGGUCACUUCUAACAACACUGCAGCAGCAGCUCAAAACAUCAUCGCAGCAUCGCGAAAUGUCGCCAGAAAAUGUCUCUGUGGUGCCACAAAGUGUCACCAGGAAAUGUCACUGUGGUGCCUCAAAACGUUGCCCCGAAAUACCUCUGUGGCAGUGUAAAUGUCUCUGCAUUGCCACUUGCUCUGUGGCCACCUUUCAUACAGCAGGAAGACCCUGGUGGCCAUGGCAUGACUGUUUGAGUUCCCCAAGCUGAUGGGUGGAUUUCACUCUGAAUAAAUUUCAGAGCCAACUGACUUAAUUUACAAGUUAAAAGGUCUUCUCUUCCCCCUCCCUUCCCCAGCUCCCUCUUGGCUGCCGCUUUGUUUCGGUGGCUGCUGGUGCAGCUACUGCUGCUGUAGCGGAGGGAGCUGUCCAGCAGCCAGUGCUCCUGAAAUCCCAGCAUCUCUCCAUUAACCACAAUGUAAGAGCAAUGAGAACAGCUCUACCAAACCCAGCCUGGCAAUGGAGGAUGAUUUAUUCCAGCUAAGACAGCUGCCGGUGGUCAAGUUUCGCCGCACAGGGGAAAGUUCCAGGUCAGCCGAAGAUGCCAUUUCAGGAGAGCAUGAAAUUCAGAUUGAAGGUGUUCAGACAGAGCUAGAGGCUAUAGAGCUAGAGGAUGGAGCUGCAGUGCCAAAGGAAUUUGCCAAUCCAACUGAUGAUACUUUUAUGGUGGAAGAUGCAGUGGAAGCCAUUGGGUUUGGGAAAUUCCAGUGGAAGCUCUCUGUUCUUACUGGAUUAGCAUGGAUGGCAGAUGCAAUGGAAAUGAUGAUUCUAAGUAUCCUAGCUCCUCAGCUUCAUUGUGAGUGGCGAUUACCAAGCUGGCAGGUUGCAUUGCUUACAUCGGUGGUGUUUGUGGGAAUGAUGUGCAGCUCUACGCUCUGGGGAAACAUUUCAGACCAAUAUGGCAGAAAAACUGGGCUAAAGAUCAGUGUGUUCUGGACCCUGUACUAUGGGAUCCUCAGUGGUUUUGCACCAGUAUACAGUUGGAUCCUUGUGCUCAGGGGACUGGUGGGCUUUGGGAUUGGAGGGGUACCUCAGUCAGUAACCUUAUAUGCCGAAUUCCUUCCAAUGAAAGCUCGAGCAAAAUGCAUUUUAUUAAUAGAGGUCUUUUGGGCCAUUGGGACUGUAUUUGAAGUCCUCCUUGCAGUGUUUGUGAUGCCCACUCUUGGCUGGCGUUGGCUGCUCAUUCUUUCUGCUGUUCCACUCUUGCUGUUCGCCAUCUUAUGUUUUUGGCUGCCAGAAAGUGCAAGAUAUGAUGUAUUAUCUGGAAACCAAGAAAAGGCUAUUGCCACUUUGAAGCGGAUAGCAGCAGAAAAUGGAGCUCCAAUGCCUCUGGGAAAAUUAAUAAUUUCCAGACAGGAAGACCGGGGGAAAAUGAGGGACCUUUUCACACCCCAGUUUAGAUGGACAACAUUGUUGCUUUGGUUUAUAUGGUUUUCCAAUGCCUUUUCUUAUUAUGGGUUAGUUUUAUUAACUACAGAGCUCUUCCAAGCAGGAGAUGUCUGCAGCAUUUCCAGUAGAAGGAAAGCAGUUAAAGCAAAGUGCAGCCUGGCCUGUGAGUAUCUGACAGAGGAAGACUACACAGAUCUGCUCUGGACCACUUUAUCGGAGUUCCCAGGUGUUUUGGUGACCCUCUGGAUUAUUGAUCGGAUAGGCCGUAAAAAAACCAUGGCGCUUUCCUUUUUCGUCUUCUCGUUUUGUAGUCUCCUGUUAUUUCUCUGCGUUGGAAGAAAUGUUCUUACUGUGCUGCUCUUCAUCGCAAGGGCUUUCAUUUCAGGAGGAUUUCAGGCUGCUUAUGUUUACACUCCUGAGGUUUACCCAACAGCCACUCGUGCUCUGGGCUUAGGAACAUGCAGUGGAAUGGCCAGAGUGGGAGCCUUAAUAACCCCAUUUAUUGCACAGGAGCAGGUUCUCUAUCAGCUGGGCAGAACUCUAGGUUAGCUGCCAGUUGUACAUGGAAUGUAAUGGCAAGUUAUGAAGGAAUGUAAUUGGCAUCACAUCUUAAAUGAGAAGAAGUCCUGAGAAGAGCUAUACCAGUGUCAUCAGCAGAAGAUUGACUCUCCCCCAGUAAUUUUGAUGUAGUUGAUGAAGUUCUUUCUCUCACCACAGGGAGUGGUAUAGUUCAGGUGAGGACAACUCAAUUCAUAUGUACCUUUUGGUUUGUAUGGAAUCUGUCUGUGAAUGGGGAUUCAGAUUUCAAAACUUGAUGGAUGUAAAGCAAAGAAAUGUGUAACAAAAUCAGACAGUUAUCAUCCAUGGGUCUUGGUAUUUUUCCAGAAAUCCAGCCUAUGGAAUACACUGUCAGAUGUAACUGAAGGUACUUAAUUCUAGUCACUAGGCCAUGGGAAGCAAUACAUUUUCAAUAAUAUAUGUGGUCAAUCAUUUCACAGAAAUAUAGUGUUGUGCAUGCUAUGGAUUGGCACAAGACCAUAUUUUAACUACAUGGUGGACCAAGCCGUUCCCUAUAAAGUCCUUUUCUCUGGGGCUGAAAUAGUUCACUGAGUCUGCCAAUGGUGCAAAAUAAGAGAACACAAUCUACAUUCAACGUUCACUUACAGAAAUGCAGAGCUAUUGCUCAGUAUAACACUCCAAGAUGUAGUAGGCUGUUUAACUUAUACCAUUAUAUUAAAUUAUAUAUGGGAAAUUCCUUAAAGGAAUUUGAAGAUCUCCAAACUACCAGGAAUGGCCAAAUCAAUUGGUGGCAUUCUGCGUGGAGGUAUCUUAUGGUGCAGGAGGUGUAAGACUGACAAGGGACCCAAAGUCUAUAUAGUCACCUAGCAUUAAAAGAUGGUGGUUAUAAUGAAGCAGUCCAGAAAUAGCUGGCUGGUCUGAACAGGUGAAUGCUACAUUUCAUUUAAAAUGUAAUUCAGUUCAGAGAUAUCCAGCUUUACGUGUGUUUGAUGGCAUAGGAGAAUGUUGUCCAUUUCUAGUACUAACACUUUACAUGGUAUGAGUAUCUCUGCCUGUCUAUUAGUUCUGUAUUCAGUGUUGACUCUCCAAUAUGCUAAAAGUUCCAAUCAGUCUAAAGCAGGGGUUCAUCCUUGCACCAUGACCCCCUUCUGACAACAAAAAUUACUACAAGACCCCAGGAGGGGGGACCGAUGCCUGAGCCUGCCCAAGCCCCACC